UGCUGCGUCUGUGGUGCUGAUGGUGUGUUCCUGUCUCGCCUGAUGUGUGUGUCUGUCACCGAGUCCCCGGGACACAGGCCUCGGGAGCGGCAAAUUAACAUGUGCAAAGGAGAUGACAGUGGUUAGCACUGCUGCCUCACAUCAUCAGGGACCCAGGUUCGCUUCCUGCCUUGGAUGACUCACUGUGCAGAGUUUGCACAUUCUCCUCGUGUCUGCGUGGGUUUCCUCCGGGUGCACCAGUUUCCUCCCACAAUCCAAGAUGCGCAGAUAAACAAGAAGUCUCAUACCAGAUUGAAACCUCAGAAACAAAUUUGCAAACCUGUUUUGGAACAUUUUGAUGAAAAAUAUGGACAAGAAUUUGGAGAAUUAUGGAACAAAGUCAGAGAAGUGCUACUGCUUCCUUCCACCUGGCAGUAUGCUGUGCUUGUGAACAAGUUCAGUCAGUGUGUGACAUUUGAAGAGUAUCUUCAGUCUCAGGGAUACUACAAUUUCCUAUCAGAUGUUUCACCUUUUACCCAGCAUUCUUUAAGAUGUUACAUCAGCAAGGUCCAGUGCCGAUUUCCCAGACUCCAACAUCAGACUGAAAGGCUAAAGGAGUACUACCUCUUAAAUGCAGCUUCCUUAGUUCCUGUCCUUGCGUUGGAUGUCCAGGAUGGAGAGCGAGUGCUGGAUUUGUGUGCUGCUCCUGGAGGGAAAUCCUUGGCAAUACUGCAAUAUGCCACGCCAGGUUCUUUUCUCUGCAAUGAAUAUAAUGCUUUGCGACACCAAUGGCUAAAGCAAACACUUGGCUCUUUUGUACCUGAUGAUUUAAGAAGCAUGAUUUCUGUGACUGACUUGGAUGGCAGACAGAUCGGUCCACAGUAUUCUCAAAUGUACAACAAGGUGCUUGUGGAUGCGCCAUGUUCAAAUGAUCGAAGUUGGCUUUUCUCCUCUGAUGUCCUUCAGGCUUGCAUGAGGAUUACAGAGAGGCCUAAUCUACCAGUUUUGCAAGGGCAGUUACUCAGGUCAGCUCUUGAGGCAUUGCGUCCUGGAGGGACAGUGGUUUAUUCUACAUGCACACUGUCUCGAGCAGAAAAUGAUGAUGUUGUGGCCUCUGUCUUGAAUUCUUAUGACAACGUUCAGGCUGUGGAUUUAACAGGCUUGGCAAGUUCCCUCGCUCAUAACUUCACGUUUGCUGAAGGUGUACAGUGUGGACUGUUAAUUGUGCCAGAAAAGGGAAGACCCUGGGGGCCAAUGUAUGUCAGCAAAUUGCACAAGUUACACUGAUUUGCAAUAAAGGACUCGAGAACUUCCCUCUAAGCACAAGAUGAGAGCUGAACACAGAUACUGCAAAGAAGAAAACUCUCCAAUUGUAAUUAUUCUCAGAGGAGUAGCUGUAUUAUAUACUGAAACAAUUUACAUCAUCUGUCUGACUUUUUCCAUUGAAGAGCUCCAACUGAAGAUUAAUGUAAAUAUGGCAUAACCUGAAAGGAGAGCACCAUUUGGAAGGAGGCUCUGAAUACAAAGGCCAAAAUGUCGCUAUACAUUUAAGUGGAUUUUUGUUAAAUAUUGCUGCUAAUUAAAUAAAUAUUAUCUGAUAAUUAAAAGAAGAUGCAUAUUACAUUAUC